AUGAACGGCCGAAGACCGCAACCCCGGCCUUAUCGAUCCAAGCGUCAUCGGCCAUGCGACGUCUGCCGACGCCGAAAGCACGCCUGUCACUUCCAGGACCAGCCUCCCUGCACCGUCUGCCAGGAACUCGGGACCGAGUGCACCUUCAACGAGCCCCCGACCAAGCGCAGGAGGCAGACGCGUUUGCCGCCUUCUGUUUCUCCCGAGCCGAUUCCCGAGCUGACAGGCGAGGGGUUGGCAGAUGGCGCCGAUCUCGAAACAGCCGCCGUCAGUAACCAGAAUUGGCCAUCCCCUUCCCCAGCCGUUACCGCGGCCCCCAUCUGCCAUGAUGAGGAGCCUGGAAUCCAAGAUCACUACGACGCUCCGGACAGCUCGCUCGAUGCUGGCAUGCUGCAGCCGUCUCGGCAUGACAUCUGGUCAUCAGUCAUGCUAGACCCUGAGCUCGGGGCUCUGUCGCUGGCUUUUUCCGAGGGCUUCGAUGACAUUAACAUUGCCCAAGAUGGCCUGUUCCCAGUCUUUAACCAAUUGCCCAUACCCGAAAUUCCUAACGAGCCUGCUUCCCAGGCUGCAAACGCCCCGCAACCCGGCGAAGCUGCCAGCCAGCCUGUCCACUAUCAAUCGACGCAAGCUCUGGACUCACAGGAUGGCUCCUGGACUGCGCAGUACUUUGGGCUCUCUGGCGAGACUGACCCCUUUCUCCUCCGCCACAUGCGUUUCUCUGAAGAGGGGAGCUGCAACUUUGGCCAGUUUCAGUAUCGUUGCGUUGACCCCGGUACCAUGAGCACGGAUUCCGACGCUUCCACCGCGCGAACGCCCAUCCACUUCAUCAUCAACGCUCCUCGGCGGCUUGCCCACUGCGAAAUUGAUACAGGGAGAAAGGAUGAGCUGGGAGAGUUGCGUAGCGAGCUCAACAGGCUAGUUGACCCGGAACUGGGGGCUCGGCUCGUCGGCCUCUUCUUGCGAUACAUCUUCCCAAACCUCCCCGUUCUCUCGCGAAGCCAGCUCAAAGUCCGCACUAAGACUUUGGUGCCAAAGUCUAAGCAACUUGAGUGUUUACCCCCGUAUCUUCUCGCGGCCAUCUACGCCGCAGCCGAUCAGUUUCGCCGGUAUGACCCUGCUUUGAACGUCUCCCAGACUGACAGGGAGUUCCCCAAAGAUGCUCUUUGGAAAAUGGCCUACCAGAGCCUCGUCCGUUUCGUCCAUGUGCCGCAGCUGGCCACCGUCCAGACCCUGUUGAUAUACUUGCAGAGACCGCUUGAGGAGGCGACAACAGCUUCAGCCGACAGCCCUGGACACUGGCCUUUGCUGGGAUCCACGAUCCACCUUGCCAAUCAACAGGGGCUUCAUCUUGAAUGCUCCUCGUGGCCAAUUCCCGACUGGGAGAAGCGACUGAGGCGUCGGCUGUGGUGGGUGAUUUAUGGAGAGUCGACGUGGCGUAGCCUGGUGCUUGGACUUCCUCAGUCCAUUCAGAAAGAUCAAUGGGACGUUGGGCCUCUCAGUUCGGAUGACUUUAUCAUAGAACAUCUACAGUGUCCCACUGAAGACACGGCAGGUCAGGCACCGAUUUUGCAGAAGCCCUGCGAAUUCUGUCACGCUGGCCAUGACUUCCGGUUUCUGGCUGACCUGGCUACCAUCGGGUCGGAUAUCCAGAGUAGCUUCUAUACCUUAACUGCCACGAGGCUUCUGUCUAGGGAUGCCGACGCUUCAUUCAGCGCCGGCCAGCACUUCCUACAACGGCUGGACGACUGGCAUGCCCAGCUUCCCCCGGAGAUGCGCCUGGGCACAAGCGUCGAUUUGGAGAGGCGGGACUAUUUUCACUCAGGCUCAUCAGCUCAGCUGAAACUCUCCUUCUUGACGUUGAAGGCGCUGAUCUACAGAGCCAUGGUGCGGCCACUGACAGGCCAAGUUACCCAGAGCACCAUGUUUUCCGGCCGACCCAAUGCGAGCCAGUCCAACGAGGAUGCUCCGGAUUCGCAUGGAAGUGCUUCUACUAACGAGGACGUGUUGCAGAGCGCCCUCGGCUUUGCCAAAUUGGCAUCCCAAUUUGCGCAGCGGCUCAACUCUUACGACAUCAAUAGUUUUUCCCGCUCUUGGUCUCGGGGCUGUUUCGCAACGAUAUCGAAUCUCAUCCUUCUCCUACUUGUCGUAGCACCAACGGCCGUCUCAGCAAAGGAGGUACUGGCGGUUCUUGCGCGGUGGGUUAUCAUCAUGAGAGAGCAGAGUGUCAUGUUCCACAAUAUGCACCUUGGGCUGCUACGCCUGGAUGCCGUUUUCCGGCUGGGGCUGGAGAAGGCAUUCAGCCUUCCGGCCCACGUCAGAGAGAGUAUACAGCAUCAACUGCCGGCUCCAAGUUAUCAGAAGUAG